AUGGUCCAGCGAUAUCGACAGGAGCGGCCUCUUGCAGCUACUGCUGCCUCCUUCUACCAUCGUCAGUUGAUGUCGUCGACCGAGCCGGAUGCCAUCUUGCUCCCAGUCGAAAUCCGCAGGAGCUCGUUUACGGCCAUACCCGCACCUGACAAUACCACUAGCCAGGCAGCAGGCAAGACGCCAGUGCAUCAUGUCGAGGCACAGGGAUUACCGCAGACGAGGUCCGAAAGUCAGGACGGUCUCGCAGCGGACGCGAAUCGAUAUUUCGCACCCCGCUCCGCAUCCCUGGCUCUGCCAAUGACGGCGUCUUCCUCCAUUCCGAUGUUGCUCCAGAGGGAACACGUCGUUUAUCAGGAUUUGGACUUGCGAGCACCUCCACCAAGCUUCGAGAAGUUGCACAGCAUGGUCUUGGCCAAGCUUCCUGCCACUCAAGAGCCUUCCGCCUCGGCUGUGAUUUCCACGACGUGGGGCAAGAAGCAGGCAAACUUCCUCAAGAAACGCCAACACAGCGUCCCGCACGACCACGUCUCCGAAUUCCUUGGUCCAGCAGACAGCACAUCAUCUGCCGACAUGAAUGUGAGGAUCAAUAUCCUGGAUGAAUGCAUCCAAUCGUCCGUCAGUGGCUUGAUCAUCCUCGAAUCUCGUCGUGCAACCUGGCGCAAGUUUUGCAAGCUCUCAAAGGACGAGGAUGCAGACAUCGACGAGCUUCGUGGCAAGCAGCAAAAGCUCGCCUUGAGCUCGGCCUCUGUACUUUCGGGAAAUGCUGCCACGACGGACGAUGUUGAUCCGUGGGAUCUUCCCAUCGAUGCCGCUUCGAUUCUCGAAUCUGGUGCUACUCGCGGCACGCGGACAUUUGAGUUUCCGGAGCUUCGAACUGUAACGCUCUGCCCGUCCUGCUCGGGCAGCUGCAAGAUGUCGUGCGGGCGUUGUGGCGGACUCGAGGCGGGCGAGUGCUUCUGGUGCUCAGGCAGUGGCCGCUUUCGUGGCCACAAAUGCACAAAGUGCGCUCAAAGCGGGACCUUACAGUGUCCCAAAUGCCACAACACGGGUAAGGUGGAGUGCGGCACUUGCGAUGGGAAGGGAGCACUCAAGAUGGCGCUGUGUGUCGACGUCAAGCUGCGGCCAAUCGAGCUACCCGCGAUGCCGCUCAUGGACGAAGGCACCGACAUAGAGCAGUGGAAUCAGAUGCUGAGCGACCACGGCUUCGUUCAGCUCAAAGCAACACAGGCGGUCUACGAGACGGCCCAGCGCUUAUAUGACCAAAUGGCUCAACAACCUAGUCUUACACAGCAAGGCAAGCCUGCAGAGAAGCGCGUACCUGUCAUGGCUCAAUGCGUCUGCAAGCGAUGGAUCGAGCGGACGAUUGGUGUGACGCGCUACAUUGACACACUCUCGCGCCCAGGUGAUAGUAGCCUUGGCUUGGGCCUCCCAAGGGCCAAUUCCGUCCCCAGCGUGCAGCAACACUACCGCUUUCGCUUGACUUCGCUGCCCGACUCUGAACUCGUGCCGACGAAUUUCGGAGGGGGUAGAUCAAGGUCUUCCUCAAAGCCCCGAUCACAAGCUGUAUCGUCGACGCCAAGUUCGUCUUCGUCCUCCAGCCACAUUCCAACUCCUGCGCUUCUUUCUCCGCUGGCGUCAGUGUCAACUACACCAAAUUUGUCACCCGAAUCUGGUUCAGAGAAUGGCGCUAUACCAGAGACCCCUCUCACUCCGCCUGAGCCCGACAGCGGCAGCACUACCAGGAGCAGCGGUAGUAGCAAUAGCGACUCAAGCGUAGCGGACCCUCCUCUACCAGAGCCUCGUGCACUGGAAGCUCUUGUGAAAUCCGCCGACGGCCUGCAACCUCCUGCGCUUGAGCUUCCGGUGAUUCGCAAUCGGUCAUCAUUCUCCAAGCUGUUCCGCAGUGUCGACAUUCGGAUGGCGAGGAAAUCAGUUUCCUAAUCGAACAAUGGUUCUCCAAUUUUCUCUUGUCAAUCUCUCGCUCUUCAUUGCAUAUUCUACUUCCUAGACGAUUCUUCGCAAAUAUUGAGAUCAUAUGGACAAUGAAUGCUUUCCAAUUGCUCAUUCUCGAAAGCCGCAGAGU